AUGAGCCUACUGUCGGCCAUCGACACGAGCGCCGCCUCGGUGUACCAGCCGGCCCAGCUGCUCAACUGGGUCUACCUGUCGCUGCAAGACACCCACCAAGCGAGUGCCUUCGAUGCCUUCCGGCCCGAGCCGCCUGCCGGCGCCGCGCCCCCAGAGCUGGCCUUUGGCAAGGGCCGUCCGGAGCAGCUGGGCUCGCCCCUGCACUCCAGCUAUCUCAACAGCUUCUUCCAGCUGCAGCGCGGAGAGGCACUGAGCAGCAGCGUGUACAAGAGUGCCUCGCCCUAUGGCUCCCUCAACAACAUCGCGGAUGGCCUCAGCUCCCUCACCGAGCACUUCUCUGACCUGACCCUCACCUCUGAGACCCGCAAGCCCAGCAAACGGCCCCCGCCCAACUACCUGUGCCACCUGUGCUUCAACAAAGGACACUACAUCAAGGACUGCCCCCAGGCACGCCCCAAAGGGGAGGGUCUGACUCCAUAUCAGGGCAAAAAACGCUGCUUUGGCGAGUACAAAUGUCCCAAGUGCAAGAGAAAAUGGAUGAGCGGGAACUCCUGGGCCAACAUGGGGCAGGAGUGCAUCAAGUGCCACAUCAACGUGUACCCGCACAAGCAGAGACCCCUGGAAAAGCCUGACGGCCUAGACGUGUCCGACCAGAGCAAGGAGCACCCCCAGCACCUCUGCGAGAAGUGCAAAGUCCUGGGCUACUACUGCCGCCGAGUGCAAUAACCUGGCUCCGCCCGCCAGAGAAGAUGGCAUCCCCUCUGUGUGUCCCCGAUUGCUGCAUGUCCCCGUGUGCGUGGGGCGUCCUCGAGGGCCUGUGGGCUCAGGCAGGGAUGUCUUGGGUUCUGGUCUCAAGUGUGUUGACUGUUACUGGUGUAGCUGCCCCACGGAAGGCCAGGUCUCCAGGGCUCUGUGCAGGGGGCCUGAGGGCUGGGUGGAGGGGCCAGGGGCCAGCAGAGGUCAGUGCACAGGACCCCCUGCAGAGCCCUUGGUGUCCCCCAGCCUCUCCUCUCAAGACCUCCUUUGGGGUGAGCAGCCUUGUAUUGGCCACAAGUGCACUAAAUUUACUGUGAAUCCCAAAGCCUGCAGGGGACUUCUCCCCAAGACCAGCCAGGCUACCCUCUCCUACCCAGAACCUUCCAGCCUGCCCUGCGUGCAAAGCCACUCUGGGAAAACCCCAUUUUUCUGUCCUGUUUAAGUCAGCAGUUGUGGCAACCUGGUGCCUUUUCUAGCAUGGGGGUGGGGGGGAGGAUAGCAAUUAUCUGUGCCCCCUGCCCACUGUGAGCUCCAAACCUGCCACCGCUAAUGUCAUUGGCAUUACACCUGGAUACUGCCCCCAUAGGCCCAAAGGUCAGGGACAGUGUCCCCAGGUAUGACCUGGGACACCUGAGGGACACAUCCUCCCACCCACCACACACAUUGCCCAGUUGCUUGAGUUUUUUGUCAGCCCCUCACCCCUCCUUCUCUUUCACCUUCCGACCACAUUGGGGUCCAGCCCUGAGUGCGGUUGGCGUAAAGGACAUGGAGUUGGUGGUCUGGAGGCCUACAUUCAAAUGCUGACCCUGCCACUAACAACGCUAUGCAUCCUUAGGGAGGACUGCUCAUCUCUGGGCCUCAGUUUCCCCACUACUUAAGUGAUAGAGUGACACUAAAGAGCGAAGAGGCCCCUUGAGUUCUGAUGUUCUGAGACUUGGCCUGGCUCGGAGCCACGCCCCAGAACAGACAGCUUUGCUUGGAGCAUGGCAUCAGGUGUCCGAUUCCACACCUGUCACCUGUCACUUAGGAAGUGCAGCUAAGGGAUGCCAGUCCUCCCCUCCAAUCCCUGUCACCUCCCCACCCCUGCAAAAAUGAAGGAGUCAGACCCACCUUUGCUGGGGCACCCUGAACAAGCUGCAGGGCCUCCGGUGUGUGCCACGAGGCAGUGGUUUCCGAUGUGCCCAGGAGGCAGGAGGCCUGUGGGCAGGACACACCAGCCAGGAGGAGCCUGGCCUGGCUAGUGGGAGGGAUUGUGCUCCCCCACUCCCUCUCCCAGGGAGAAGCCCUACUUUUAUUGUCAUAUCAUCCUUCCUUUCUCCCAGGGAGAGGGAAAGAGUCAACUGUCAGGACUGGGUUGCUUGAUUUUACCCCAACUUUAUGCCUCUGUGGGGGAAAAAAAAAUCAGACCACAAAAUGGGCCUGAAAUUCAGUGUUUACCAUGGCUCAGGGUACCUGGUUGGUGCCCAAUUGCCUUUUGUUUUCAAAUGAAAAUGUUUUGUAUGGCUGAGGAGUUACAGUGAAGUGUUAACUAGGGGUCCAGGGAGGAGUAGCAGAGAUGGAGUGAGAGUAUUGGCAGCCAAGGGCUGCAGCAGAGAUUCCAGGGGACCAUGCCCUCUGUGCACUUAGAGUGUAUUUGCCCUGGCCUGAGCCCUAGAGCAGCCUCCCUCCUGCCCACGGGGGCAGAAUAUCAGGCAACUGACCGUGAACACCCUCACCAACCGGCUGCUCCUUGCCUUCUCUGCAAGGCGUCAAGGAGAGCCCUAGCCAUCUGCCCCAGGCUCUCUGCCCCCAAGGGGGAGCUGUCAGUGACCCUCAUCCUCCUGCACUGCUAAAGGUCAUGUUCACAGUGGGCGCUGUGCUGGUCUCUGUGGUGAGAACAGGCCCCGCCCUUCCAGGUACCUGUCUCCACAGGAAGCUUGGCGCCAGGAUGCCUGGGCCUGGCCAUCUGAGCUGCAAGGGAGGGACCGCGGGGGGGAGCCCACUCCCUAAAAUGAACCCAGGCUUCAGACUCCUGAAGGCCAAGGCCUUCUACUGGCCAAUGAGAGAUGGCAUGUCACCCACAAGUGACCCCAUCAGUGGGCCUGUCCAGCUGGCAGCCAUACCCCUGCUGUGCAGAGCCGGCCUCCGGGGGAGCUGGGCCCUCUGGCCCACGGCAGUCCUCCCAAGCAGCCCCCCGCCUGCACCGUUCCAGCUGGGUUGGGGAGCAUUCUGUGGUCAGCAAAGCCGUGGCUGUCCAGGCCAGGUGCUGUGAGAACUAAGUGCUAAGAGGGCCUGGGAGCCCAGGGGACAAGAAAGUAUGUGGUUUAGUACGUUAAAAGGGACAAUCGUUUGCAGUUUGUAGAUCUAGCGAUCUAGUUGGGAGAUAAUGGUGUUUACCCCAUAUGAAGUAUUCAAUAGUUCUACUUGUGAAUUUGUAUUUAUUUUGAGUUAUACUUGACACAGAAUUCCUUUUUUGUUUGUUUGUUUGUUUUAAAGAGAAAUACUAUGUGUGUAUUUUGAACAAAAAAAUUCAUAGAUGUUAAAAUUUCUGCAUGGAUUACCAAUUUUUCUCACAACACUGAAUUUGUUAUUUUCUCCCCCCAAAAUCUUCACCGUGAUUUUUGUAUGUAUAUACUUGAGGGGCCUUUUUAAAAAAAAAAAAGAAAGAAAAGAAAAAUAUAAUUGCUUGAUUCUUGAGAUUAUAAAAACAAAAAGAGAGGCAUUUUCAAAACUUCAGGCCUUUCAUGAGGGCAACAGAAUAUCAAAAAUGAAGAUUUCUGGAAGUAUUUUGCAAACCUUCUGGUUGAGCUGCAAGAAAAUAUUUAUGGUGAGAAUUUUUCUUUUUCCUGUUGUUGGUUUUCUUGUUUUGAUUUUUUUUUUUUUACUAUGCUUUGGUCUGUAAAAAGUAUGCAACUGAACUACAUUAAGAAGGAAAUAUUGUCUACAUAGAAUAUUAUAUGAAGUUGGUACAUAAUUCUGAUGAGGAAAAAAACCUUUGCAAUUCUUUAAGCCAUAUUGUUAUUCUGUGUUGUUUUCCUGGAUGAAAAUAUCAGUAUUAAUUAGCCAGCAUAUUAUUCAAGUGCUUAGACUUAUUAAUAUGUUCCUGUCCUGUAUUUAUACAUAUGUGUAUUUUGGAAAGUAUUGCCUUUUUUUAAGGGAAGCUAUUAAUAGAUAAGUAGCAAAAGGGAAUGGGGGACCCGUGGACCUCCUUGGCUGAGGAUAACACAGCAUUGUAAUCCAUUCUCUUGCACCUUAUUAUUAUCUUUUUAUUAUGGUUAUUAACUUUGUAAGGGGGUAGGGGGUGGGCUGAAGGAAGUGGGGCCACGCAGCCCCUCCAUGGCCGGCUGGCUCCAAAGAUGGCCUCAGCCUGGUGAAGGGCCCCCGAUCUGCAGAGCCCAAGGAGGAAAGGAAACAGAAGGCGGACUUCCCCACGGCUUCUAUGGAGUUUUGCCAUCUGAGCCAUGCCCAUGCCUCAGGACCCCGGGCUCUCUGAACUUGGACUUGACACCCGGAGCCCUCACACCUGCCCUCCAGCAUCUAAUAGACUUGAAUCUACUCUAAACCAAUAUCUAACCCAACAUCACUACAUUGUAGCCCAGUGCAGCAACUAACCCUGAAGUGUGGGAGGCUUGGGGCCUUCAGGGAGGUGGCCAGCCUCCCGGGCUGCUGUUGCAGGCUCACUGCUCUCUGUUGCCAACCUCACCGUUUGAGCUCCUCUCGAGUGUUGACUCUGUCUGUCUGUUAAUACGUGUGUGUCCAGCUAAAAAGACAAAACAGAACCCGAGGGCCCAGCAUGGAGGGUGUUCUCUCCGAAGGGCCGCCCUCGGGAUGGCAUUCCGUUGUGUGCCUUAUUCCUGGAGAAUCUGUAUACGGCUUGCCUAUAGAAAUAUAGCCUUUUCAUGCUGUAUUAAAAGGACUUUUGAAAGCAA